AUGCACCGCAUCGAACUCAUUACCGUCGCAGCUCCGAGUUUCGUUCCGAGGUACAGGCGGCCAUCACAUCUUGAAGAGGCAAUUGAGCGGCAGGCUGGUGAACUUCUAGAAAAGGCCAAGGUUCACCGAUCAACUAGCGCCUUUGGGGACAAUCCCGUGUGGGUGAAGAAAAAGGACGGCAGGUCCCACCUCAUCCACAGCACAAGCAGCACCCCGCACCCGCACUCGCAAGCUGGAUUACACUUGUAUGCCAUUUGGACUCGUGGUGCUAAACUGCAGCGGCAGGUCAAUCAAGGCUUUUGGGGGUCCAUCCCUGAGGGAUGGAUGGUAAUAUACAUGGACGAUCUGCUUGCGUUCAGCCGAACAGAGGUUGAACCAGAUCCGCCUAAGAUCGAGGCGAUUCAGAGGUGGCCGCUACCGCUGCGCACGACGACGGACGUUCAAAAGUUUGUCGGGCUCACCCCAUACUACCGCAAUUUCAUUCCUGGAGUCGCUCGUAUUGCUGCCCCUCUAACUGAUCUUUUUGAGAAGAACAAGCAGUCAAUUUGGACGGAGAAUGAGGAUGGACCAGCGACGACCCAUCGGGAACCUGAGAUCAUCUCCAGUACUGUGAGAAACUCCCCUUCAAAAGCGCCGCAGCGACGACCCAUCGGGAACCUGAGAUCAUCUCCAGUACUGUGA